UCAGUAACAGUCUAAAGAGUAAGGAAAAAUUGUUGAAUUGGUGAAAAUAAAGUUAUUUGUGUGAUAUAUAAGAAAGAAAGUUGCAAUGUUCUACCAAAUAAUAGCAUGUGUUUUGGCUAUAAUAGUAUGGUCCUUCUUCCGGGGUAAAAGGACGGAUGUGGAUGAUUUGCCAGGGCCACCACGAUGGCCCAUCGUGGGCAGCUUGCCCAUAUUCCUGGGACUUAAUGGAAGUGAAAUAUUUUCAGUGAUAACUGGUUUUUCGAAGAAAUAUGGCCAUCGUGUUGGUAUGAAGAUAUUUCAUUACAAUGUUAUCCACUUGUAUAAUCUAAGGAUAUUGAGGUGCAAAAUGGCACAAGCGUCGUAAGAUCCUCACACCAGCGUUCCACUUCGACAUUCUGAAGAACUUCGCGCGCGGAUUCGAAGAAGAGAGUCGUGUAAUGGUUCGCGACUUGCAUGAGCGGCUGCAGCGCGGCGAACGCACCCUCGACGUCAUGCCCUUUAUCAGCGAUUAUACUCUUAACACGAUUUGCGAAACGGCAAUGGGCGGCCGUUUGGAUUCAGAAACUGAUGCUGCAAAGUAUGAAUACAGGAAGGCCAUUUCAGGAUUGGGAAUGGCUAUCUACCGCCGUUUGACUCGAUUCUGGUUGUUUUUUGACAUUAUGUUUUAUUUAUCACCAACUGGCAGACAAUUUAAGAAGGAUUUACAACAAAACUGUAUCUUCACGAAUAGUGUAAUUGAGGAGAGAAGAAAAAAGAGAAACGAAAUAGACUGUACGGGUUCGGGGAAGAGAAUGGCCUUGCUGGAUCUCUUGUUGGAUGCAGAGAGUAAAGGGGAAAUUGAUAUGGAAGGGAUAAGGGACGAAGUGAACACGUUUAUGUUUGAGGGCCACGAUACAACGGCAAUGGCUUUGACAUUUGGUCUAAUGCUUCUGGCUGACCAUGAAGAUGUACAGGAAAAAAUAUACCAAGAAUGUAGGAGCAUAAUUGGAGAUUCGACACGGACCGCAAACACAUCAGAUCUCGCUGAGAUGAAGUACCUGGAUGCUGUAAUCAAAGAAGUACUGAGGUUGUAUCCCAGUGUACCAUUGAUUGGGAGAGAGAUCACUGAAGAAUUGGUGUUAGAUGAUCUAGUAAUACCCCAAGGUUCUGAAGUUAUAAUACACAUAUACGAGUUGCAGCGGCGAGGCGACUUGUUCCCGGAUCCCGAAGUAUUCCGCCCGGAAAGGUUCCUACAUGAGGAUAAGAUUAACUUCAGCUAUUUGCCGUUUAGUGCUGGACUUAGGAACUGUAUUGGUCAACGCUUUGCAAUGCAAGAAAUGAAAUGUAUGUUCAGUGAAAUAAUCCGCCAUUUUAAAUUAUCACCCAUCGUGAAAGGAUAUCGGCCAAGUAUCAAAUCGGAUUUGGUACUACGACCUAAUGAAUCUAUAUUGGUGAAUUUUUCUGCAAGAUAACGUAUAAAAUAAAUUGACAAGAUUUUUAAAGUGAAAUUUCUUUAGGGGCGUUGAGAGUAAAAUUUGAAGAUCGUGUUUAUGGCAAUACCGUCACGUCAUGAAGUAACGACGUCACGACGAAUUUAAUAUUUUUGAAUCUUGCCAAAGAAGUUUCACUUCUGACACGUGUGCUUGGCACACACGCUCUUUUUCAUCCAUGAGCGUUCGCUAUUUCAGGGACCCAUAUCUACAAUUAAAUUAAUUAUACGCUAAAUUUAACUCUGUGAUAUAUUUGUAUUAUAA